CGCUCAACACUUGCAUCUAGAAGCCCAGCGUGGUUGAGUACGAGAAUGCAGGCACAAAUUUGGGAUACAGAACCCAAAUGAUCUGUUCCUAAUACCCGACAGGGCUGCAACAGCAAGCUUGCCUUACGAAAGUUUCUCCAUGAUAUAGGAUUUUUAAUGCUCUCUGGGCAUUUGUAAGUGUAUACCAAGCGCAUUUAAAGGGACUUCUGAAAUAUAAGUGAAUUAUUUUUUCAAAUAGAAGUGGCUAGUAAUAAUGGUGUAUACAAGAACCAUAUUUUGUAUGCAAGCCAACCUCGAACAUCGGUGGAAUAUACACUGAAUGUUGCAGAAACAUUGCUAAAUAUCGGUGGAUUUGUGUAGCAUCUUACACCAACAUCACAAACAAAACUAGGAAAUUUUUUUUCAAUUUAUUUUUGGUUUGAGGAAAAUUUGUGAAUGCCAGAGUGGAACGAUGAUAUUUUUUCUAUUUUGCCCCGAGAGGCAAGUUCAAUGGACAGCGCCUGUCGACACGUGAGGGAAUACACCGGCAUAUUUAAUACAAUUCGGAUAUUUCUUUUGUAUAUAAUGAAACACUGGAUACAGCGCAUUGUGCGAGGGAAAGAGAGAGCCCAUGGAAGGCCGGAUGAAGGAAGACCAAGGCUGAUUUGGCUUCCAGGACGAGGCUAUCUGCAGGGUAACCAGUCCGGCAAUAAAGCAGACGCUGGACAAAAGAAAAAGGUUGGAGACCAUGGAAGCGCUGUAAUGGGUCCAACAGCACCCUUGGGCUUGGCUGGCCCUCCAGGCAAUCCCGAACAGGAGGCUGAGGGCCAGAAGAACACACUUGUUAUCACUAGGGAAAACAUAAGCAGUGUCAGCCCACCCUCGUCUCCAAGUUCUCUCCCAUCUGACGCUUCUUCUCAUAGCUUAAGCAAAGAGUGCGACACUACCUCAACAGCUGAAGAUAGUACCAGUUUUGCAUCAUGCCUAACUGGGGACCCCAGCAGUGCCUCUGAGCUCUCUCAGAUAUCUCCAGUGAAGGAUUUGACGCCAUCUGAUGUCACAAAGAAUUUUGGUGCUGAAACAUGCACAGCAGAAACAUCAGUCAAUUCAGUGUCUGACUCUGUCGCUCAGAACAUUACCCAAAAUGGGGUUAAAAAAGAUUCUGAGUACGAAAGUGCAGAGGAACUUUAUCUACAUUCUGAGCCAUCCUCCGCUCUUACAGUUCAACCAUCUUCAAACAGGCCUGAAAGUCCAGGUACAGACGAGGCUCAGACUACGAAGCAAGAGGUGAGCGUGACACUUGAAGCAUUAGAGAAAGCAAGUGUCUCCUCCCUUGAAGAAAUUCCUCAGAGAGAGACUGAAGUGUUACCUGUUGCUGUAGAGAAUCUGUUAGUUAAUGCAGAAAGUUUUCCAGUCAGUGUAGAUAAUCAAACAGAAAACUUUGCAUUAGAAAAAUCAGAAAACUUAUCUAGUACUAUUAGCGACUCAUUAGUGACAGUAACCAAAAGUGAAAUUAUUGAAGAAUCUGUGAGUAAAAUUACUGUUUUUACUGAUCAACAAGCUAAUAAUUACAGCAGUGCAGUGAAUGAAUUCUUACCAUCCAGUGAGUGUGAACAACCUGCAGAAACAGUAAAUACAACAUUAACACUUGAAAAGAGGGAAGUAUCUGGUGAUAUAAAUACAGAAAGUAAAGACUAUGCAAUCAUUGUCUCUGAAUCUCAACCUAAAAGUGUAACUUUAAGUGAUACCAAAGAAAGUGAAACUCAGUUAGUUAAAUAUAAUUUGGAAAGGAAACUUGAACAGAUCCCUUCUGAAGACCAGUUUGAUGAUGAGAUUACAGGUACAAGCAAUGUUUAUAGAAAGGAAAAUGAAAAUAUAAUACAAAGUGGCAAUCAGUUUAUCAGUGAGGAUCAAAGCAGCUCAAACAACACUGAAGAUAUUGUAAAGGCAUUUAGUGAACAAGCAGCGUGUCAACAAACUAGAGAUACAACAAAAUGCAACAGAGAUUCAACUUCUGAGGAGAGAGUGUCGAGUGUUGAUGCUUUAGUGGCACCUCAAGAGGAACACCCACUACCAUCAGAGAAUUUAAUAGGCUUGAAUGAUAGAUCAUCAAGUGUUAGCACUUUAGUGGCACACCCAGAGGAACAACCACUACCAUCAGAGAACUUUAUAAGCCCAGAUGAUAGAUCAUCAAGUGUUAACACUUUAGUGGCACCUCCAGAGGAACAGCCACUGCCAUCAGAGAACUUAAUAAGCCCAGAUGAUAGGUUAUCAAGUGUCAACACUUUAGUGGCAUCUUCAGGAGGAGAACCACUACCUUCAGGAAAUUUCAUAGACCCUGAUGAUAUACCUAUUAUUCCAAAGAAAAGUUAUAACCUUGAUUUUCUAGACAAUUUAGAUGAUCCAAACUUUAAUCCAUUUGCCACAAAGACUUAUGUUAGGAUCUCCCCUCCACUAAGCCCAGAGCCUGGGUUUGUACUUCCUCCAUUGAAGCCUACUGUACAAAAAGCAAAAUUAACAAAGCAAGGUAAAACUGCUUCAACUGAAGUACUUGCUGACAUUGGAACUAAGACUGAAGACCAGAUAGUGUUAGAGAAGGAGCAAAAAAUUGAUAUUCAGUCUUCAAAAUUAGAAACAAAUCACAGAUUACCAGUGUCUCCUGAACACCAGUCUCAAAGUGUUGAACAUUCACAAGACUCUGGACAGUUACUCGAAAUUGCCUUUGAUGACUCGGCAAGUCCUGUAAAGAGACCUAGAAAACUUGGUAAAAAGCCUGAUUUAAAACAGCAGAGACAGCCUGUUAAGAAGCCUCCUCCAAAGUCUAAAGCUUUUGAGAAAAACAAUAACAAGAUUGAAGACAAAAGUAUCUCUGAAACAGAAACAAAAUUUGUUCAUGAAGAUCUUCCUAUUACCUCAUCUAAGGGAUAUAAUUUAGAUUUUCUUGACGAUCUUGAUGAUCCAAACUUCAAUCCUUUUGCAACUAAGUGUUCUGUAAGCAAUUCACCUCCAAAAGAAAGCUCUGUACUUCUUGAGGAAAAAGGAGACCAUAAAUCAAAGCCAAAGGUUGCCUCGCCAAAGAAAGCACCAGCAAAGAAAGGAUUUACAGUAAUUAAAAAUAAAACCAAAACUAAUGUACCUGCUGUAGAUGAGACAGAUUCAUCUAAAAAAUUAGUUAGUGACCCAGCUGAUUCAGAUAAUGGUACAGAUAAAUUGGAAAAUAAUGUUAUAGAGUCUGCUGAAGAAAAAGAUACACCUCUACCAUCAAAAACAGAUUAUAAUCUUGAUUUCCUUGAUGAUCCAAAUUUUGAUCCUUUUCAGUCAAGGUCAUCUUUAAACCAAAAUAUAACUGUUGAAGAAACUGACCCAUCUAAUAAAGUGCCAAAAAAUAUUGACGUUGCCAAAGAUAAUUCAGUGAAACACGAGGAAAAAUCUGAUAAUGAAUGUGAUAAAGAUAGUGCCAUAGGACUAGAGAAAAAAGUCGAGUGUAAUAAAGAACACUUAUCUCAAGCUCCCCAAGAAGUAAAGAAGUUAGUUAUAAAUAAGGACGAAACUAGAGAAACAGUACACUCGCCUGAGAAUGAAGAAAAAUCAGAGGUCAUUGAAGCAAAAACAUAUAUAGAAGUCUGUGCUACAUCUGGAGAGACUCGAGGUUGUGAAGAAAAGACAUUAAAUUCAGAAGAGGAAAUACCAUGUGUAAUAGACACUUCACCAAAUCAAACUGAUGAAAAGUGUAAGUCAAGUGUAGAACAUUUACAGUUAAAGAGUUCACAAGUAUCAGAAGAAGCAGCAGCAAGUCCUGUAUUACGAAACGAAAAUCUAGAGUCAAAACUAGAUUUAGAGAUUGGAAAUACAAGUAGAGAAUCAAAGGAGAUAGUCUUAGAUACAGAGAGAGAAACAAGCCUACCUAAAGUUCCAUCUAUUGGCACAAUUGGUCAGCUUGAUAGUCUAGAGUUUGCCCAGUUGCUUGGCAAUGAAGCUAGUCGCCUUGCUGAGGAGUUUAUGAACUGCUCCACUGAUUCUGGACUUCCUGAUUCUGAUGAUAGCAGUUGUAUUAAGCCCAGCAACGUAGAGUCGACCAUGGCAGACAUGAAUUUCACUAAGUCACCACAGUAUGGUGCCCAUCUUGAUGAAAAUAUCAACCCCUUCCAAAAACAUUCAAGGUUGCCUAGGUCUCCACCACUGGGCAAGAGAGAGGCAGUUUGUGGAGCAGAAAGUGGAGAUAUUUCUCAUGUGCUUGACUCUUUCAAGGCAAGAAGAUCACUAAAACGGGAGAAUGUCAUGGGAGAAGAGAGACUGGACACUGUUAGUGUGGAUGAUGACUCGGGAAUAGUGCUUGGAACUCGCUCAGACUUGGAAACAGAAGUCAAUCAUAGUGAAGCUGGGCCUGAAAUUGCUACAGGUCUUACCUCAAGCGACCUCAGAUGUGCAUCACAGUCGAAAACAGAAGAUGAAGAGGAAGAAAUGUGUGACCAAAUUACUGAUGAAGAAUUCCUUGCAUCAGAAGCAUUUUUCAAAGAAGCGACUGAUAUGGAGAACCAACUACGGAAAUCGUUGGGCACACCACUAAUGGGAAGGUAUGUUGCUUGUUGUUUAUUUCUGAAAUUAUUGAACUCAGAGGCCAUCAAGUGUGACGGUGAACAGGUGUGGCGUGUGAACAGGUGUGGCGGUGAACAGGUGUGGAACAGGUGUGGCGUGAACAGGUGUGGCGGUGUGAACAGGUGUGGCGGUGAACAGGUGUGGCGUGUGAACAGGUGUGGCGGUGAACAGGUGUUGGCGGUGAACAGCCCCUCGCGCGCACUGUUGAAGAUGGUGGGUCAGUACAAGGGCAUGUUAGCCUCACUCGUUAGUGAAAAGGAGAAAGAUAAACAAAAUGCUGAUGAGAGAAUUAAAGCUAUAGAGGUUGAGAGAAACCAGGCACUGGAGGAUCUAGCCAAUGUAGAGGUUGCUUUCUCUGAUGUACACAGAAAAUAUGAAAGAACAAAGCAAGUUGUGGAUACACUUAGAAGAAAUGAGGAGACUCUCCGUGGAGCAGUUGCUGAUUAUGAGACCAAGUUGCAGAAACAAGAACAAAAAUUUAUAGAAUUUCAAAAACAUGCAGAAGAGAAGAUACAAUUAGCCAACGAAGAAUUUGAAGCCAUGCGGAAAGCCAAUGACCAGGAAAUGACUAAAAUGUCAGCACUUCUUAAAAAGGCAGAAAUGAAAAUUAUGUCUUUACAAGAUGCAUUUGACAGAAAAACUCGUGAAAACCAAGAAUUAACUCAACUUUGUGAUGACCUUAUCAACAAAGUAGGUGCAUCACACUAAGAAUGGCAUCCAGACGAGUGGUCAACCUCGCUAUUACUGGGAAGUCUGACUUCAUGACUGCCAUAAUAUGACAGUGAAGAUAUGCCCUGUUUAUCAUUCAGUGGUAGAAUCGUGAUGCUGCUGCUUGAAAACGGCGUCAUUGUAUAUUUUCUUUAAAACUGUACAUUUGUUACAAAGUUUAUUUAAAUAAGUAGCAACAUACUUAAAUUGAAAAAUCAUGAUUUACAUGUGACCUGACAAAAACAAGCAAAUUUAAUGUAAACUAAUAGGGUGUUACUGUUCUGUUAAAUUACAUUACAAAUUUUUUAAUUUUCACAAUUUUGGAAUCUACAAAUGCAAAGAACUAUUUUUAAAGGGUAAAUUUGUCAAAUUGGUUUCCUGAUUUGUUUAAUGUAUUGUACAUAUCAGAUAGGUGUGUAAAAUUGUCUAGAAGGAUUUACUGGUCCCUCUAGUGAUAAGUAGCCUGAUGUAUGGCAUUAUGGUCUGAAUUGUCCCUGCCACCUAUUGCAAAAUUGUAAAUAGCCAUAAAUAUAUGCUUUAUCAUGAUAAUGUUCCUCCCUUCUAGAAAUACUGUAAAAGUAAAUGAUGACAUUUUCAUAAUGACUGGAGUACAGUCUUCAAUUUUUACUAUAUUGGGACAGACUUAGUCCAAGAAUUCUCCAUAUACUAAAAGAUAUUCAAUUUCAGAUAGCCUUUAUGAAAAAAAAAAGCAAUUGCCUAAUACUAAAGUACCCAUGGGUAAGCAAUACAUGAUACUGAGAGUAUAAUAAUGUCUGCAUGUUGCUAACAAAAGACUUAGGGACUGAAGGGUUAGGGCUGUGAUAAUGCACUAGAUUCAGUUGAUCAUCAGGAGCUCUCAAUAGCUUGCUAUUUAGAUACACUGAUUAUUAGAUGCUUUCCCUUAUUUCCAAAUCAAAGCACAAAGAUUAAUUUAUGAGCAACUAUUAGUAUUUAUUAAUUGUAUAAACUUUAGUUACUAAUUAUAAUUUGUUAUAUUGUGCAAGAAUUUAAGAAUCGUCAGUUUGAAAGAGGUAACGAAAAUUUUAUAAUUGGGGUGGAAGGGAGACUAGGAAGGAGAGGGCAGGUCCACUUCCUUUCAUGAAGAGGUACCUGCAUGAAGUGCUUUCCUUGGGACUAAAAUCUGUAUGCCAGUUUAAUAAUAGAAUCAAUAUUUUGCUGAUUUAUUGUUAAAUUUGGUAAUUCAUCUAAAUUGUAUUUAGUGUAAUAAUUGAUCCAAAUGUAUUGUGCAAGCACCGAGGUUUGUAAAAAUGGAACUUUUUAAAGCACAUGCCUGGUCUCAUGGCUUCCCUUGUCAUUAUAUUCAUGAAGCACUGUACUGGUAAGGGUUAUACAAUGUUUUAGUGAUUGAGAGGUAAUUUGGUUCAAUCCAAGGAAGGGAAAUAGUCAGAUUUUUUAGAUCAAGAGCUCUUUACUGAUAUCAAGGAACCUCUCUCUGAGGGUUGACUUCCCUCAGUUGGGAAAAAUUCACAAAUACACGUUAUGUUCUUGGUAAAAACAGCAGUAGUGGUGUACUCUGCACACACUUGUUAAAGCAUUGAAAAUUAUGCACUAUGCACCGAGUAACUAUUUCAGGAGAUACUACAUGAGCCUCAAAAUUAAUUUUGCAUACCCUUGGUACCUGCACAAUAUACUUUGGAAAUUUUUUUUUAAUUAGUUUUACAAUCAAAAACCUCAAGGAAGGUUGUGUGGUACUGUUAAAGAGCUCCUAAUCCAAGGAAUUGACCCUAACCUCCCUUGGAUCCAACCAGGUUGCCUCCCAUUACCUCCAGGCACUGUAUGACUAACCUUAAGGGUUUAGAAUUCCUCCCAUGAAUAGAAAAAAAGUAUAUUAUAGCUGUGAGACUAGUAAAAAAAGCUAAAAUAUACAUGAUGUAUAAAUGCUUUUCUGCAUUAACAUUUUAUUUAUAUUAUACAUUUAAAUUGUUGUGCGUGCCCACAUUUAUGAAACACAGCUGUGGAAAAAUAUCAUCCUUGCACACUACAAAUCUGCUCAAUGGUCUCUGCUUGAAAUACUUUGAAACAUUCUAGAAGUAGAAAAUAUUUACUUACAGCAAUUACAUACCUAAGAAUAUAUAUAUUUAACUAUUAAAGUGAUGGAAGCUUA